ACUGCCUCUUAUACGUGCUGAAAUGAGGUCAGGUUAGAUUUGAAGGAGAUUUAAUGAUUAGAGGGGGGACUGAAGUGAAGAAAGGGAGAGAGAGUACAGGUCUGAUCUGCAAAAAUUGAAAUGCAUACAUGUACUGUAUAAAUGUUACGCAAAAUUUGCACAUUUGUUUGAAUGUAAGAGCCUGUGUGCUAAACAAUAGAGAGCGGGUCAGGUAGUGGGUUGCGUCAAUGCACGGCUCUGGCUGCUCUGUGAAGUUGGUAAAUAAGGCUUGACCUCGCGCGGUGGAGAGAGAGAGAGAGAGAGACAAACUGGAAGGAACGCUGCCAGCACCAGCAGCAGCUAGCAUAGAGAGGAGGGCGACCAACAAACAACCAACCUGCAACUCCUGCUGCAAGCAAACGCGAACGUGCUGUUAUAUGCAUACUAAAUAAAGAGCGGUUAGUUUGACUCGCGCUCAGACCGUUGACCUCUUCAGUUGGAGAAACAAACGGAGACGACAGCUGCUGUCCAUCAUGGCAGGCGAUAUGAUGUUACUCAUGCGAGGCUUGGCAAAGUUGAGCCAGGCGGUGGUAGAGACUCAGGCCAGCACCCUGCGCAGUGGAACAGGGGUCGCAGGAGUUGGUGCUGCAGUCCAAAGUGUCCAAUUGGCUGCUGAGCAAAGCCUCUCUGCCGCUAUGAUGAAAAUGCAGGAGCUGACUGGCCAGCAGCAGACCUCUUCAUCAGAGUCCGAAUUUGACUUUCCUCAGGAUGACAGUGCAUUUGCAGCUUCAGAGUUCAGGGAGGAAGGUGUAGACUUCACAGCAGAUCACACUGGAAGUAGUGAUGAUGCCACAGCCCUUCACAGCGCAGCAGCAGGAGCGGGCCAUAUCAAACAGUCGUUGUUUGAGGGAUACAAAGAUCCCAGCAAACAGUUUAGUGGACACACCAGAUCUUACCACCAAAAUACCAGACAUUUCUACAACCACCGUCUGAACCGGCAUUUGUGGGAACAGCUGUACCGUCAGCAUCAGGUCAGUCCGCUCAGGAGCUACCAUCAGGACCCAUCCACAGUUGGAGGGCUGACGGCUGAAGACAUCGAGAAAGCAAGACGGGGCAAGAAGGCUGAGAUCAAAUCACACAAACAGAUGUUGAGUGAUAGAGCCAGAGAGAGGAAAGUUCCGGUGACUCGCCUCGGCAGACUGGCCAACUUUGGAGGUCUAGCUGUAGGUUUGGGGUUUGGAGCCCUGGCAGAAGUUGCCAAGAAGACCAUGAUCAGACACAGUGAUGCAGCAGGUGAAAAUAAGAAAGGCAUUCUGGACUCUAGCCCGUUCCUGUCAGAGGCCAACGCUGAACGCAUUGUCAGAACCCUGUGUAAAGUCAGAGGAGCUGCAUUAAAACUGGGACAGAUGCUCAGCAUCCAAGAUGAUGCAUUCAUCAACCCUCAACUUGCCAAGAUCUUUGAUCGCGUAAGACAGAGUGCUGACUUCAUGCCAAUCAAACAAAUGACCAAAGCGUUGAACAAUGAUUUGGGUCCUAACUGGAGAGACAAGCUGGAAUCGUUUGAGGAGCGUCCAUUUGCAGCAGCGUCCAUUGGCCAGGUUCACCUGGCGAGGAUGAAGGAUGGCAGGGAGGUGGCCAUGAAAAUACAGUACCCUGGUGUGGCUCAGAGUAUCAACAGUGACGUCAACAACUUGAUGGCGGUGCUGAGUAUGAGCAAUGCCCUUCCUGAAGGUCUGUUUCCAGAGCACCUGAUAGACGUAAUGAGAAGAGAGCUAGCACUAGAGUGUGAUUAUAUUAGAGAAGCCCAGUGUGCAAAGAAAUUCAGGGAGCUUUUGAAGGACCAUCCGUUCUUCUAUGUACCAGAGGUGAUAGAGGAGCUGUGCAGUAGCCAUGUCCUGACCACAGAGCUUGUCCCCGGGUUUCCCUUGGACCAGGCUGAGAACCUCACACAGGAGCUGAAGAACGAGAUCUGUGAGAACAUCUUGACAUUGUGCCUCAGAGAGCUGCUUGAGUUCAGGUACAUGCAGACUGACCCAAACUGGUCCAACUUCUUCUAUGAUCCACAGACACACAGGGUGGCGCUGUUGGACUUUGGAGCCACGAGAGGAUUCGAUCUGAGUUUCACAGAUGCCUACAUAGAGGUUAUCCGUUCAGCUGCCGAGGGCGACAGAGAGGGAGUUCUGAAGAAAUCUAUCGAGAUGAAGUUCCUGACUGGGUAUGAGUCCAAGGCAAUGAUACUUGCCCAUGUUGAUGCGGUGAUGAUCCUUGGUGAGGCCUUCGCCUCCACAGACACAUUUGAAUUUGGCUCCCAGUCCACCACGAGGAGAAUCCACAACCUCAUCCCUGUAAUGCUCAAACACCGGCUCACCCCCCCUCCCGAGGAGACCUACUCACUCCACCGUAAGAUGGGCGGCUCGUUCCUUAUCUGCUCCCGGCUGAAUGCAAAGCUGCAAUGUAAGGACAUGUUCCAAAAAGCAUAUCAGAAGUACUGGGAAGGCCGCACACCACCCUCUCACUAAGCCUCAGCCAAUCCCAAGUGUCAGGCGAUUUGAUGGACAGAUCCUGGGGCCAAUGGCAAAGUGCAAGCCAGUGGUGAGGUUGUGUUGUGAAUACUCUCAACAGCAAAGCAGAUGCCAUGUUACCUGCCCUUAAAUAGUCAUCGAGCACCAGCUUAUCUUUCCCAUUUUGGGAACCCCACUACGAUGAGUUUUUCAAAGGCACUUGUAUGUACUUGCAUCCAUCAUUUCUUUGUUUGAGAGGGAGCAGCAUCAUGGCGUCUGGAGUGCAUUAAGACAAAACUCUAUCUAUAGCUCUGAGAGGACAGACUGAAAAGACUGAGGUGGAUGGAAGGAGAGAGACAGCUUUGCGAAAAGUAGUUCAGCUGUAACAUGAAUGUAGAAAGGUUGGAAAUUGAUCUCUCUCUCCUGAUGUUUUCAAAAAUGAUUAUUGCAUUUUCUUUUGUUUUGCAUUGCUGUGUUUUAUUGAUCUUUUGGAAAAUCCAUCCAACUUUAUGUAAUGGUAUGGAAUUAAUGAAAAAGACUAAAAUCUAAAUGUAAACACAGUCACAUAAUAAUGGAGUGAAUACAGUAUUUGGGCUGUAUGAGCCGCACAGUAUUGGCCAGGACCAACGUGUCUGGGAAGUUUGAUUAGAUUGUCUGAAUAUAAAUAAUAAGGUUUGGUCUAAAUGUAGACGGCAAAGUUUGCAGUUUUGUUUAGAAGAAAAUAGUUUGUCAAGAUGUUGCCAAGCGAUCAAGUUCAGGGUGAUUUAUCCAUUUGUAGAAAAUGUGACGAACUGGAAUUUGUCAGCAUUUACACACAAGAAUGGCUGACUUUUAACUUGUGUGUAUUUUCUGUAUCAGUGUAGCAAUUCAGAUAUCAGUUGCUGUUGAUAGUUUUUAGCUUUUUAGGGAGACAUUCUAUUGGCAGAAUUUUGAUUUAACCCAUCGGUCUUUUUCAAGUGACAUUUAACAUGACUUUCAGGAUAUGUAAUUGUUGAUUUUACUCCGUUUGGGUCUGGGGAUGAAAGUCUACAGAGCUGCUGCUGCACAUUUUUAUCCCUUUAUGUCCCAUCUGAUGAUUUGUCUUCAACCAUUGUCCAUAUGGGGAUGAUUUAGCUUGUGAAUUCCAGUUGAUUUUCAACAUGUUAGCAUUAUAGCUCAGAUUUGAAUUUUUUUUUUUGUUAGUACCAAAGCAUGAUUUAACUGUUUGUAAAAGCAUAUAGAAAUGAAACCAUAUUGAUCCAUGUUGCUCACUGUAAGAAGUCUGACAGAAAGACACAUGGACCUGUGCUUAGUCAUGAAUGUUAAUGAACUACGGGAUGGAAGAAGCUCCUCUUGAUAUCGCUCAGCUCGUGGGCACACCUUGUUUUCACAAGUGGGUAAUCUCUCCACGCCUUCUCAGGUGUUAAAUCCUCCGUCACCUGGCUGGUGUGCGACUGUCAAACUUUGCUCUGCUGUGUGAGUACAGUUAUAAUGGUCUAUGGUGUAAAGUUGAAAAAAUGAACAAAAAAAAUUCUGUUGCACAAGGUGCCUGUAGUUUCCAGUGGAAAUCUCAACUUUAUAUUUCAUAUCAGGACUCUGCGAAAAAAUGGUUUAAAUGUUCUAAUCAAACUAAAUGUUGUGAUUAAAAAUAUUGUAUGGAAAGAGUAAAUGUUUGAUCUACUGUAUACUUGU